UCACUUUCUGAUCCCAUUAUUGUUUUUCAAAUAGAAAUCGUACAGGCUUCAAAUUUCAUUAGCUUUUAUAAUGAAUUCGUUUACCCAGACAUGAACCGUGUUCUAAAAAAGACUUACGGCGACGGAAGCUCCCAGUAUUUUACAGGCGAUUAUGUGGGAAAAGCUGGGACCGUUGUAUGGGUGUUCAUCGUAGUACUACUUACCUUUUUAAGUCUCACUGCCUAUUCGGUUUUUUUCUUCCUAGGUCGUGUCUGGGAAAGUAGGGCUAAAAUUUAUUUCGUUGCAUUUGACCUUAUCUUCUUCGUAUUAUGGAUCACUGAAGUCUUCUCAAACUUAUAUUGGGCCUACAAAGGUGAUGAAACUAUUUGCCAUUACUCCAAGGAAAUUGAUGAUUCCAGGGUGAACGCUCUUUGUGGAGCUUAUACUGCUUCCAAUGUAUUUGGAUGGUUCCUACUGGUGACCUUCUUAUUGGCUGGAGGGCUCUCAUUCAAGGUCUAUCUUGAUGCAAAGAAAGAAGUGGGCACUGAUGUCAAUAAAAAUAUGCAACAAAAUCAACAAUUUAAUCAACAGAAAUUCCAACAGCAGCAAUCUAACCAACAGCAAUUUCAACAACAACAAUUUAAUCAACAACAGCAAUUUAAUCAACAACAGCAAUUUAAUCAACAACAGCAAUUUAAUCAACAACAAUUUAAUCAAAAGCAGUUGAAUCAGUCACAAUAG